ACUUUAUAUUAUGUUUUGUAUAUAGUUCAAGAUGAAGCUACAUUAAGCCCGGCAGAUAGUGAUAGUUGGUUAAAUGUGAAUCCGGAGCAACUGGAAGCGUUCUUAAAUGAACAGUGGGGAAAUGUUAAAAGCAAGAAACACGAAUCAGAAUCAUUAAGUCUUAAGGAAAAAGUACAAAUGUUCUUGAACCAAAAUAGUGACGUUGAUGGUGUACAAUUCUUAGAAGGUCACUCAGCAGAAAUGGAUUUGCAUGAUGCAGAAGACAAUGGAAGAGUUGAAUUUGAUUCGGAUAUAUUUGACUCUACAUUACGAGGUAUACUAGAUUUAGUCGUUCCAGGAAAUGAAGGGGAAUUUGAUGGUAGCUCUGAAGGAUCUUUGGGUGAGGAGGAUGAAGAUAAAAGAAAUGAAAUGGACAAAUAUAUGCGAUUGUUAAAUUCAGAACUAAAAUCUGGAAUGGAAACGAAUGACAAUUCUGAAGGGAAUAAAGAUGCUAAUGUGAUAGAAGAUAAUUUAAUAAAAAGUAUAUCAGAAGAAGCUGGUGGUUCAGGACCAACUGGAAAUAUAAUAGGUGGACCUGCUCGACGACUUAUGCAUUUGCAAUUACAAUCACCUACUACAGUACCUCCAGAUUUGCAAAGUUAAUGACUUUUCUAUCAGGAUAUGUCAAUAAUUAUUAGAUUAAAAUCUCAUCAGUCUUAUAUGAAUUAUUAGCGUCUAGUAUUUCAAGAAUAGUAUCUUUAUUGUAGAUAAGUAAAAGUUUAUCGUUCAUCUACGUACGAACGUAGUAGAACCAACUAGUAAUUUAAAUAUUUUAUUUACACGUGUAAGGUAUUAUAUUACAUUUACAUUUUCUACUGAUUUUAACUUUUUUAUUCA